UGGAGAAAAAACAGUCCUUUCCUUCCAAAACCCAAACCAGAAAGGUUAUUCCAACGAAUCUGGCAGCGGGUCACUUUCACCAGAGGGCUGGUCUGGAGGAACACAGGGGUGGGGUGGGGGGACUCGGCCCUGCGGCUGCCUCCCUCUCCCCUGUCUUGGUCAGGUGUGGGGGCAGUUGCCUGUGGGAAGCAUGCGCUGGCUGAGCUUCCGUGUGCAGGGGCCCACCAGCCGCCUCUUUCCCAGCUUCAGGAUGAACCCCAGUGCUGGGCUGCAGGACGAGUACCGCCGGUGCUUGGAGAGGGACUUCCGCAGGGGCCACGUCGGGGCCUGCAGCGACGCUUCCCUGAAGGAGUUGCUGUGGCACCGCCUGCUGGAGGACCCGGGGCUUCACUGUAGCCUGGAUGGGGAGGAGACCUUUGCCACGCUGGCCACUGCCCUGCGGGGACACCUGGAUCUGAAAGGGGCCCUCCGGGAUCUCGGCAGGGCCUUUGAAGUGCUGGAGCUGGCCGCUGUCAAUCUGUACUUUUUCCCUUGGCGCAAGGAAUUUAGCACCGUCAAGACCUUCUCGGGGGUCUACGUUCACGUCCUUCAGGGGGUCCUGCCAGAAGGAGACCUUGCCCGGAGCUUCCGCCGACUGGGCUAUGUACAGCAAGACCAUCUCCACCUGGUGAAUUCCCGGCUGCCACCGGGCCCCAACCUGCUCUGUGCAGCCUGCUGCUUCUUUGCAGCCAGGGUGGAGUGCGAGAUCUUGGCCAAGAUUGUGGAGGAACUGGAGCCGCGAGCUGUGCUGCCCGACGAGCUACUAAAGGCCCGGAGGGAGGCCCAGGGCAGCUUGGAGAGGUGUGUUGCCAAACUGCAGAGCCUGACACGGUGGCCGCGCAGCCGUGAGACCCGCCCAGAGCUGGCCGAGGGGCUCGAUCUCUACCAGGGGAGCCCGGAAAGGCAGGGCCCCUACAGAGAGCCUCCGGGAAGCCGGUUGUUCUCCCAGGAGCCCACCCCGUUCAGCGAGUGCAGCAGCCCCAGGCUGCUGAGGCGGGAGCAGCCCCCGUGGAGCCCUGAGGCCCUGGUGGAGACCAGGAGCGAGCCCUCCUGGAGCCGGGAGCCCUCCUGCGGCAAUGGACUCCUGGCCUCGGAGGGGCUCGACCUCGCCACCUCCUUCUCGCUCAUCUCCUUGAGGCGCGAGCUCAGCAGGACUUCCGAAGUGGGCUUUCCUGCUCAGCCGGGGGGCUCGCUCUCGGCCUCCAGCACCCCCUUUGAGAGUUCCGCCCCCCCGAGCAGCCCGGCCUCCCCUCCGUGCAGGCAGCCCUGGAGCCCCCACCUCAACCCUGCCAGCCUGUGCCGUACUCCGCCGCUGGGCAGGGGGCCGGCCCCUGAGCCGGCCCACUAUCAGAUGCAUUCCUGCCUGCCCCCAGGGGCCCUGCCUUGCUCCUGCUGCAACACCUGCAAGUUGCUGCAUGGCAGCAGCUGCGAUGGGGCUCAGAUCUGCCGGAACCACCACCGCGUGGAGGAGCUGCAGAGCGAGAAGCAGCAGCGCCUGUGGCUGCAGCGAACAGAGGUGGACAGGCUGCUGCACGAGGCCAGCGGGGCCUGGCAGUAGGCAGAGAAGCCCGGCUGGACUUCAGAGUGCAGCGCCGCACACCCUGCCUGGCUGUCCUGGAAGUUCUUCAGGAGUCACCCACGCCAGGCCAGCUUUCCUGUGCCCAUUCUGCUUGCCUGAGCAGGGCAGUCAAAAGCAGCUGAGCACGGCCCUUUGUUCUCUUACCAGAACGGACUUGGGCAGACCCUGUUGAUGGAGGAGUGAAGGGAAGGGUGGCUUUGCCUGGGUUCGAUUAGAUGCCCGCAAGGGGGGGUGGGGCAGGGCAGACCUCACGCCAGAGACUUUUUCUGGUACUGGGACCGUGUUGUUCUGAACGCACAUCUUGUGUUGGCCCUUUCUGACAUUCCAAAACUCAGCUGCUCUCCUUCCCCUGUUCUGGAAUCUGUGUGAGGAAAGACAGAGCGGCAAGGCCAGGGUGGCCCUGGCUCAUCCCGUCUUUCCUGACCUCCUGCGCUUCCCGUAGAGCAGAGGCCGGAGCAGAGCCCCUUGCUUAAGUAGCAAGCUAGGGAGGAAUUGCUGGCAUUUUUACAAAAGCAGAAUGGGCCCCGUUGUAGUUGCUGCCUUGACAAUGUCUUACAAAAGGUGCAGUUGUAAUAAACUUAACUAAAAACUA